GACGGUCGAGUUCUCCGGAGACGCUUUGCCGGUGCUGGAAACGUUAUUACACAAUUGCACAGAUAUAAAAGCGCAGGACUUGAUCACUAUGCUAUCGAACUCUGAUACUCGCGUGGGAGCAGUCAGAUUCUUGUUGGCAUGGUCCAUUCUCUCAAAUGUUGGGUAUAAGUCGCAAGUCGACCACACGCUUCUCCCUCCAGCACUCGCAGAAUGUCUGUGUGCCAUGAAUCUCGAGACCCAAUCCUCUUCAGCACUUCUGAGCCAAUGGCGCCACGUCACCGGCGCUCUUAUACCGCCUUCAAAAACCAUGUCAUCAGACGAUCCUCGUCAAUUCAACAUCUCACAGCUAGCCAGAGAUGUGAACGACGUGCUUCGCUCCUUCGCCUCGCCAGACGACAUAGGACGUUUUGCCAACAUGACUGAGAUUCUCAGACAAGGUGCAUAUGUUGGCUACGUGACUUUGGUACAACCUACGACGUGGGCGUUUGAAUGGGAGGAUGAGGCUGAUGGUAGGCAUGCAAAUGAGCUGGUGGUGUUCCCGGCUCUGGUACAAAUAAGUGAUGAGCAUGGCAGGCCGCGGAAUAAGGCUCUGCGUAGCAUGGAUAAGCAGAGCGUUCCUAGAGCCAGGUAGUGGAUGCACGACGCGAUGUUAGUAUCUCCCGCGAGUUUCCCAGUCGAGUUUGUACAUAAUGCGGACCACAUGUAGAAUUGGUUUCUUUG